AUGAUCGAGUUCGAUGGUUCCAGAGCUUUGACGGUUAUACUCGAAGCAGCGGCAGAGGACAUGCUGAUUAAACAAUCGACGCGCAUGUUGAAGUCUCAAUUGGGUGGUGGUGGUGACCAGGAGAAUCUCGAGAUGACGGAAAUGGAGCCGAGAGAGCUGGCAAAAGACCAUUUGAGAGCCAGAGAGAGGUCUACACAGCUUUAUCUGAAAUAA